AUGGGCUCCGUCGUCAUUCCUCACUUGGUGACGGGCUGGCAUGUCGACCAAGCCAUCAUGUCUGAAGAAGACCGCCUCGUGGUCAUUCGCUUCGGUCGCGACUGGGACCCAGACUGCAUGCGCCAAGACGAAGUGCUCUACAAGAUCGCCGACCGCGUCAAGAACUUCGCCGUCAUCUACGUCUGCGACCUCGACCAAGUGCCCGACUUCAAGCAGAUGUACGAGCUUUACGACCCAGUCACACUCAUGUUCUUCUUCCGCAACAAGCACAUGAUGUGCGAUUUCGGUACCGGAAACAACAACAAGCUGAACUGGGUGUUGGAGGACAAGCAGGAGUUGAUUGACAUUAUCGAGACCAUCUACAAGGGCGCGAAGAAGGGACGUGGUUUGGUGGUCUCGCCAAAAGACUACUCUACCCGCUACCGAUACUAG